ACGCUCCGUCAAUAGGCGGCUUGGUCUCUGCCUUCCUUUGGAGCAACGAUGCGCGUUGAGAUCCCUUUCCUUACUCUCUGCCUCUCAACGACCGCAUAUGCAGCUUCUAUCGCUCCACAGAAGCUUUCCUUGUCUUCCCGUCCUCGAAGUUCGGGUGCUGGGCGGAGAGCCGUCUCUCCCAUCAAUGUGCCGCUAAGCGAUGCCUUCAAUGGAACAGAUCUCCAGUGGUUUGGAAAUAUCUCAGUCGGAACUCCGCCACAGAUGAUUCCAGUUAUCUUCGAUACAGGCAGCAGCGCCAUCGAAUUAACUAGUACGCUCUGCGAUAACUGCGGCUCUGAACUCCUCUUCGACCCUUCGGCGAGUUCAACCUUUGUUUCGGAAAAUGAGACGGGUGAACUAGACUUCGGAACAUGUCUUGGCGUCAGACCUGUUACGGACGCAGAGCCUUGCGUUCUGAUCGUACAGGAAGGCACAGAUAUCAUCAGCAUCGGGGACCUGUCUACAACCAACAUCACCCUCACCCUCAUCACAAACGAAACAGUCACCUUCUCUGAUUACCCUUGGUUUAGUGGCAUUGUGGGCCUCAGCUCUACGAGCUCUGGUCAAGGGACAAGUCUGUUCGGACGGUUCGUCGAACAAGGGCUGGAAGCCUUGUUCUCCACGUAUCUGAGCCCCAUCGACGUCGGAAACGCAGAGCUCACCCUCGGAGGCAUUGAUGACACCAAGUUCACCGGCGAACUAGUGUACACCCCAAUCUUGGACGAAUCUCACUGGACGAUCACGAGCAGCCACAUAUUUGUGAAUGGCCAAACUGUCGAUAUCCUCAGCCAAAACUUGACACAAAUCGCCGACUCGGGCACGUCGAACAUGCUUUUACCAACCAAUAUCACCGAGGCAAUCUACGCCCUCAUCUCCCCCGAAAUCAAACCCUUCGCUCCCCUCCCCAGCACUUACGGCGUCCCCUGCUCCCUCAUCCCCUCCCUUAACGCAACAAUCACCUACACAUUCCUCUCUACCGAGGGCACCCCCUUCAACCUCACCAUUCCCACGUCAGAGCUGAGUGUGGGGCCGUUCAAAGAGGAUCCGGACACGUGCCAGACGUUGAUCAAUGCGGUGGACGAUUUUUCGAUCGUGGGGGCUAGUUUGUUGAAGCAUUGGUAUACGGUUUGGGAUAGUGGGAAUCAGAGGAUGGGGUUCGCACCUGCUGUUGGGGCGCAGGCGUGAAACCCAAGGAUGAGAGGAGCUGUAAGUCUGUGUUUCUUGUGACAACGGGUGGUUUUCUCUCGCGAUGCGCAAGCAUGUAACUUAAAGCUAGAAUGUGUUUGGGAUUCUCCAACUACGUAUACGUGGGGUGAGGCAACGUUCUGCUUCUGCGUGACGAUAUCGAAUCCAGCUUGGUUCACC